AUGGGUCACGUCCUUCGACGCAACCCCCCAGCCGCCGACGCCGAUUCCAGGCCGAGACUUUGCCCACGAGAACUUCCCAGCCAGUGCCGUGAGGGGGUAACUACCAACACAGCUGUGUGCGUUCGCGAGGUGGGUACCUCUGGCCCACUCGGACAAAAAAUUGUCAGAUUAAAGAAGCGUGCAAAUCUUUCGGCUCUUCAAGUGCAAAAAGGCACCGCGCCGACCGAGGGGUGUUCGGAUGUGGCCGGCCUGGGGGUGUUAAAAAGAACUCCUUCCACCCCUGGCAAUAGGCUGUUCUCCCGCGUACACGUAGCGCGUAGUCGCGCUCCACAUUACUUCUUACGCGACUUUCCGCACGCCCACUGCACGUUUCAUUGUAUGCAAAGCAGGACUCGCGAAGGCGGCAUGUUUCCAGCCGAAAACCUGGCGUCCGAUUACGCAUUAGCCUCCACACAUGUCUGCAGAGCCUCAUGGAGGGGCGUGAAUUGUCUGGAGCUCGGGGGAAAAUUAACAGCAAGAUGUUUUGAGCCCAAGUUUGCGGCGUGCGGCUGCGCGGCCAGGCGGCGUCGGACUUCGGGCGUAACGAAACCAGGGCGCACGUUCAGCGCGACCUUGUUGUCAAUUGCACUUCAUGGCCCGCACCGCACCCCGCCUCUUUCACCAGCCACCAUUUGAUUGUCCUUCAUCGGCUUUUGGCCACUUUUGGUAGGGGUGGUCAGCUGAAAUACGCGGGGGCUUUCCGUUUCGUAAGGCUAGGAACGAUGAGUAUUCGAUUCCAAAUUGCCGACACACAGGCCGCGACAACCUCUUUUGCAGAUCUGGAGAUGCCGGCAUCAGCUAGUCCCAGCCCUCCGGCUGGCCAAGAUACCCACGCCGCGGCGGCGCCGUGUUUGGCGAAUGGAGACUCGUUUCCCCCGCGGACGCGAUCGCCUAGCCUCCCGAGGAGAGCGCAUAUUUGCCCGGAGCCCGACUCCCUCUACGACAUCAUGCGCUCCUAUCCUAGCUAUCGCCUUUACGUAUUGCCCAUCCAUUGGAC